AUGGCGGUGACGAUGGCGAGCGUAUCCACCGGCGUGAUGAACUCCCUCCUCGGGAAGCUCGCCACGCUGAUGGGGGAUGAGUACCGCAAGAUCAAAGGCGUUCGGAACAAGGUAGCGUCCCUUCUGGACGAGUUCAGUAGCAUGAGUGCUCUGCUUGUGAAGCUCGCAGGCAUGGAUGAGCUUGACGUUCAGGCCAGGGAGUGGAGGGACCAAGUCCGGGAGAUGUCAUACGACAUUGAAGACUGCGUCGACGAUUUCAUGCGUGACCUCGGACAAAAAGGCGCAACCACUGGCUUUCUGAAGAAGACUGCCGAGCGCCUGAAGAAGCUCAGGGUGCGCCAUCAGAUGGCCAACAUGAUCCGUAGGAUCGAGACUCGUGUAAGUGAAGUGCAUGACCGGCGCACGAGGUACAAAAUUGAUGAGUACGCCCCGUCAUCUGGCAUUGUCGCUGUCGACCCAAGAGUGAUUGCCAUCUAUGCUGAGGCGGCCGGUCUUGUGGGCAUCGAUGCUCCAAGAGACGAGCUCAUGAAGAUGUUGAUGGUUGAAGGGAAAGAGCUGAGGGUGGCUUCUAUUGUGGGAUUCCCUGGUCUUGGAAAAACCACACUUGCAAAUGAAGUGUACCGUAAGCUUCAAGGACAAUUUGAUUGUCAUGCAUUUGUUUCGGUGUCUCAAAAACCAGAUAUGCCGAACCUUCUCAGUAAUUUGCUACUGAAACUUGCGGGGCAACACUCUUCUCAAAUGGGCAAGUUGGACGAUACGAUCACCGGUAUCAGGGAAUAUCUGUCGAAUAAGAGGUACUUAAUCAUAAUUGAUGAUUUAUGGGAUUCGCUUGCAUGGAAGGUUAUUAGAUGUGCUUUUCCAGAAAACAGUCGUAGCAGUAGAGUGCUAACAACUACAAGGAUUUACUCUGUUGCCGCUACUUGUUGCUCUAAUAGCAAAGAGUAUGUUUAUAAGAUGAAAUCAUUGGAUGACCAGGACUCAAGAAGACUAUUUUUUAGUAGAGUAUUUGGUUUUGGAGAACCUUGCCCUGUCAUAUAUGCGGAGCUUUCAACAGAUAUUUUGAAAAGAUGUGGUGGUUUGCCCCUUGCCAUUAUCAGUAUAUCAAGCCUUCUUGCAGGUCAAUUGAAGCCAAUGUGGGAAUAUGUAAGGAAUUCCUUGGGAUCCAUGUUUGAAGGCAAUCCUACUCUAGAAGAAAUGAAACAAAUAUUGGACCUUAGCUACAGAAAUCUUCCUCACCAUCUAAAGACAUGCCUGCUUUAUCUUGGUAUGUAUCCAGAGGAUUACGAGAUAAUGAAGAAUGACUUGUCGAGGCAAUGGAUAGCUGAAGGUUUCGUGAGUUCAAUCAAUGGGCUAGAUGCAGAGGAUGUUGCAGGGAGCUACUUCAACGAGCUCAUCAACAGAAGCAUGAUCCAGCCUGUGGAGAAGGACUGUAAUGAUGAGGUGUUGUCGUGCAGAGUACAUGAUGUAAUGCUUGAUCUUAUCAGAUCCAAAAGCACAGAAGAGAAUUUUAUUACUGUAAUGGAUCACCAACAAAUUGUGACAGGGAUGAACAAGCAGAUCCGUCGAAUAUCACUCUGCAACGGCGGUGAAGAACGCGGUGUGAUGCCGGCGAUAACCAGCGAGUCACUAUCAAGAGCUCGCUCAGUCGCAGUUUUCAGAACCGUUUUCUGGCCUAGUUUACUGGGGUUCAAGUAUGUUCGAGUUCUACACCUUGAAUAUCCAAAAAGUGGAAGGCUGGAUCUUACUGGUAUGUGUGGGUUGUUUCUACUAAGAUAUGUAAAGAUAGCCUGUGAUUACAAUACAAGUUUGCAGCUACCUAGUCAAAUCGGGGAGCUAAGGCAAUUGGAGACUUUUGAUUUACAGUGGUCACCGCUGGUGAGCAUUCCACCAGAUAUCGUUGGUUUGCCCCGGUUGUCGCAUUUGGUUGUCCCAAAAUGUACUUUGUUGCCUGAUGGGAUUGGCAGCUUGAAGUCACUGCGCACUCUACAUGGGUUUGAUGUAUCAGAAAACUCGAUAAACAACAUCGAGUGCCUUGGUGAGCUGAACAACAUGAGAGAUCUUGAUCUCUAUUGGUCAAGGACGGAGACCUUGGGGGAAGCAGAGAAUCGCAUGGAUGCCUUGCGUUCUUCCCUCGAAAGGCUUUCACAUUCCAGCAACCUAAAGAAUCUUGUUCUGCAGAAUCUUUCUUCGACGCUGCUGGUUGGUUGGAGCACACUGUCCUCUCCACCUCGCCAUCUCCAGAAGCUUGAUCUGUUUGGUUGUGUGUUUUCAAGGGUCCCCAAGUGGAUGUGUCAACUGAGCGACCUCCACUGGUUGGUUCUUAGGGUUGAGAAGGUGGUCUCUUCCAAGGACGAUGGUGAUGUCGAUAUUCUUGCACGGUUGCCCUCUCUUAUCCACCUUGAGUUGCAGAUCGAAAAAUGCCCAGAAGAAAGGGUCAUCAUCACCGGCAGCGGCACGGCGUUCCAAACUCUCAAGCACCUGAAGUUCUCUUGCCCUAAGCUGCUGCUGGCCUUUGAAGCAGGAGCCGUGCCCAGGCUCCAGCGACUCGAGCUGCGGUUCAGUAUAAAGGGAUGGCAACAAGGCAGCAGUGCGUGCCUGCCCGCUGGCAUCGAGCACCUGCCACCUGGCUUCAGAGAAGUCAGUCCAAUGCAGUUUGACCACUUCAGAGAGAGGCUCAAUAGACGCGAUGCAGCUGCUGCGAAGUCUGCACUGAGGAACGCUUUUGCAUGUGUAGGAAUAACAAUGGUGAGAAUCAGUGGAGGGGACGCUGUUCUGAAAGCCACAACCGCUUGUUCCACUAAUAACACUGUACCAGAUGAGCUCGCUAUCCUCGGAGCAACAACAGAAAUCAGUGACUAUUCAAGCUGA